UAAUGUAACCACUGCACUGCAGCUGGCAGGUUGCGUAAAUCAUGAACGGUUCUGCCGAUCUUUCAGGAUGAUCAAAUGUGCGACUCACUGCCUUGCAAUCUCACCAACAACUUUUACCUUCAUCCCAUCGGUAUCACCGGAUGCACAUUGUCUUUCUACUGGAAUUCAGGCUGAACCACUUACUCCGAUCAAUCAGAUAUCAUCGCUCAAAUUUCACUAUACAUCCCCCGCUCACUCGCUCCAUCCUCUAAUAGUAUGACCCUAGUCUCGAACGAUCCAAGUUGGUGGCCACUCAUCAAUGUGAAUAUUAUUUUCAGCUAUUUCAUAGUUGCCGCCUCUGUUGGGGUGAGCAAGACUAAGUAUAAAAGAACCGCUGAUAUCCUUAUGGUCUUCUCAGCGCUGAUGUUUGGACAAGAGGUUGAACUGAUCUGGAGGCAACGCUGGUCCCUGAUGACCUUUCUCUAUCUUAUUGUGUGCUAUGUUGGAAUAGGAUAUGCUGUGAUGUACAAUUUGAUCAGUCUUCCGACAGUUUUGAUGACAGAUGCAGUGAGCCUUAUCGUAAGCGACGGACUUUAUGUGAUGGCUGACAUUGUAAAUGUAUUACUUGGCGUCAUCAUGAUCACUCGGUUACAUGUCAUAUAUCAGCAAUCAAGAAAGAUGCUGAUAUUUCUCAUCGUCAUCUUUCUGGCCAUCAGAAUCGCCAGUGUAGUGAUGGCCGCAAUAACGAUGAUGCAGAUUUCAGGGGAGGAAUUCGUUCUCUACGGCACCUAUCAGUGCAUGUUUGACUACCGAGGAGAUUCCAUAUUUUUUAUUUCCAUGACUUGGAUACUUGCCACUGUAUGGGAGGUCCUUGUACUGUGUCUCGCGGUCUGGAUUUAUGUAAAGCACUUCCAUGAACUGCGACAACACUCAACAAGAGAUGUUCUCAGUGACAGUUUCAUGGUGCUAAUGAAAACUCAUGUGAGUUACUUUGCGAGUUUUUUGGCUGUCUCUUGCUUCCAGAUCAGUUACCUCUCUCCAAUGUUCUUGGCAGACCCAUAUUCCCUGGGCUCUCAGAUUUAUGUUGGUGUCACUCAGAUAUUCCAGUUUGUGGGAUUGUUUGUACUGGGACCACGCCUGAUCCUCGGUGUUCGAGAACAUUACGCUGAGCUUGUGGCCAACUCUGAUACGGCAAGCGCUAUGACUUUGGUUGCUUUUCAGGAGCGCGUCCAUGUGUCAACUAGCAGUAGUGUGUAGCGCAGGAGAUGCUCAAUAUGAUUGAUUUGCGAUGGGGGGUAGUGUGCAGGAAGCGGGAGAAUUUGUUUUUAUCUAUUCUAGGUUUUAUCGUGGUACUUAUUUAUGUCCGAGUCAUAUCUUGAUAAAAGUCGGGCCCGCUGAUGUGACUUGGGGCUCCCAAGGACAAUGCAGUCAUGGAGAAGCCUGG